AUGCAUCUAUCAUUGAGCUUUAAUGAGUCUUUAGCCGACUCACUGUUACUGUGCAACCUCUCCAGAUUGAUGCUCAGGGAGGAGGCACCCAGCGCCCCUCCGAAGAACAUCGUGGCCAGUGGUCGCACCAACCAGUCCAUCAUGGUGCAGUGGCAGCCUCCACCGGAACCCCAGCUCAACGGAGUCCUCCGAGGAUACGUGCUCAGGUACCGUCUGGCGGGGCUGCCCGGGGACUACCAGGAGAAGAACAUCAGCAGCCCAGAGACCAACUACUGUCUGCUCAAAGAUCUGAUCAUCUGGACUCAAUACCAGAUCCAGGUGGCCGCCUUCACCGGAGCCGGCCUGGGUGUCUACAGCAGCCCGGUGUCCGAGUACACUCUGCAGGGGGUUCCCACAGCACCCCCGCAGGAAGUGGAAGUUGUAGCUAUCAACUCGACCACCAUCCGCUUCACAUGGAACCCUCCACCUCAGCAGUUUAUCAAUGGCAUCAACCAGGGAUACAAGCUGCUGGUUUGGCCCGAGCUGUCCCCGGAGGACGUCCUGGUGGUGACCAUCACGCCGGACUACCCGGGCUCCCGCCACACGGGGCUGGUCAGCGGCCUGAAGAAGUUCACCUGGUACUUCGGCUCCACCCUGUGCUUCACAACACCUGGAGACGGCCCCCGCAGCUCGCCCACCAUGCUGCAGACACACGAGGACACACCUGGACCUGUUCGUCAGCUGAGCUUCACUGAGAUCUUGGACACGUCCCUCAGAGUCAGCUGGGCGGAGCCUGAAGACAAGAACGGCAUCAUUACUGGCUACGUGUUGUGGUGGCAGGUGUCCGACAAAGAGUCGAGUCGCCAGGAGCGCUCUCUCUCCAACUCCACGCUGCGGUACCAGCUGACCGGCCUCACCUCCACCACCGCGUACUCGCUCCAGGUGGCGGCGCUCACUGCCGCAGGGAGGGGCGUGGUCACGUCCUCCACCAUCUCCACCGGAGUCCCACCAGAACUUCCCGGAGCUCCGUCCAACUUAGUCAUCUCCAACAUCAGCCCUCGCACAGCGACUCUGCGGUUCCGCCCGGGUUCCGACGGGAAGACGGCCAUAUCCCGAUGGAUCGUAGAAGGACAGGUGGUGAAGGAGGACGGACAAGGGGACGCGUGGGGAGUCGUCCACCAGGAGGACAACCAGCCAGAUGCAGACACGCUGGAGAUUCCCAACCUCGCUCCGUUCACUCAGUACAGGUUCAGGCUGCGUCAGGUGAACAUUGUCGGAGCCAGUCCCAUGAGCGCCCCCUCCAGGCUGAUUCAGACCUUGCAGGCGGCACCUGACACGCACCCCUCUAACCUCACCCUGCUGUCUGCUACACAGUCCAGUCUGCGCUUCAGCUGGAUGCCUCUUCCUGAGUCCGAGUACAACAGCAGCCCAGAGACCGUGGGCUACCGGCUGCGUGUGUGGAGGACGGACGGGCAGGGGGAGGACAGGAUGGACGAUGCGGAGGGAGCAGGGGAGACCGCUGAGGCCACGAUAGAGGGUCUGAAUCCCUGGACCCAGUACCAGGUCCAGAUACAGGCCUACAACUCCAUAGGACCUGGACCCUGGAGUAACACCAUCGCUGCAAAGACGGCAGAAUCCGUUCCGUCUGGAACUCCGAUGAAUGUUUCUGCUGAGGCAGUGAGUUCCACCCAGAUCCUGCUCAAGUGGUCGCCUCUGCCCCGGGCUCAGAGAAAUGGAGUCAUACUUGGAUAUAAGGUGUUUUUCAGUGAGAAGGACUCGGACCUUCCUCCCAGUGUUCAGGUGACAGAAGGAGAAGGCAACGUGUCGCUGCUCCUCCGGCUCCUCCGGCGCUACACGGUGUACGAGCUGCAGGUUCUGGGCUUCACGCAGCUCGGGGACGGCCCCCUCAGCAGCCCCGUCCUGCUCCGGACCAAAGAGGACGUCCCAGGCCCGUCUGUCAGGAUGGUGUUUCCAGAAGUUCGACUGUCAUCAGUCAGGGUGGUUUGGCAGCCGCCCACAAACCCCAACGGCAUCAUACUAGGCUACCAGAUCUCCUACUGCCUGGACAGCAGGGAGCCUCUGCGCUGGACCACGGUGGAGGUGGGCUCCACCGCUCGCCAGUUCACGGUCACUGGUCUCUCCUCGGAGCAGACCUACGUGUUCCGGCUCACCGCUCGCACCUCGGUGGGCUGGGGCGAGGAGCAGGAGGCCCUGGUGGUCACCACGGAACGCAGAGAGCGGCCGCAGCCUCCGAGGAAGUUGUACGUUCCUCAGGACAGCGUGGAGUCCCGGCGCCUCCACCUCCACUGGGUGACCGGAGGCUCGGGCUCUUCUCCCCUGAGGUACUUCACUGUGCAGCUCAAACAGCUGCCCAGUGGGGACUGGAACACACACAUCGCUGACAUCCCACACAACGUGACCGCCUGGAGCGUUGACAGGUUGGAGCCCUUCACAUCGUACAAGUUUCGGAUGAUGUCCACCAACGAUGUCGGGGACAGCGUCCUCAGCAAGGAGACGGAGGCUGUGACCACUCUGCAGGACGUGCCCGAUCAGCCUCCAGUGAUCCUCGCAGUGAAGCCCACGACCACCACCUCAGUCCUGGUGACGUGGAAGCGGCCCGGUGACGAGGGCAUCAACGGGGUUCUGACUGGAUACCGGCUGUACUACAGAGAGCUUCCAGUGAACAGCUCGGCUUCCACUGAGGCAGAGGUCCAGACCACCAGGAGCACCAACACCAGCUCCCUCAUUACAACCAAGAGCACCUUCAAGAGCGUCAGCAGCGCCUCGCUCACAGAGUUCGAGUUGACACAGCUCAAGAAGUUCACCCGUUACCAGAUUGUGAUGACGAGCUACAACAUCAUCGGAGAGAGUCCGCCCUCCGCCCCCGUGGAGGUGUCCGUGGGAGAGGCAGCCCCGUCCCGCUCUGUCGGUGGAGCCAGGAGACGUUGUGUUGCUCUGGAUCGCUCUCAGCGUUCUGGCUACUUCACUUUGGUGCAGCCAGGGCUUUACUGA